AUGGAGUCAAUUGACAAGACAGCCACUAAAGCCGCUUGGGUUUAUAACACUAAUGGGCAAUUUCGAGAUGUCCUUAAGCUUGAUAAAGAGUUCCCAAGCGAAACCAGCGAAGAUUUUAAGCCUGACGACAUUCUGGUAGAUGUUGUAGCUAUGAGCAUCAAUCCCGUAGAUUACAAGCUCAUGCAAACUUAUAAAUUCAUAGGUAAGGGACUUAAGUUUCCUUUCGUUCCCGGUCUUGACUUUGCUGGAAAGAUCGUGGCUACGGGCCCUGACGUUAGGGGUUUGAAAGUAGGUGAUCAUGUUUGGGGAAAACAGGCCAUACAUCGUUAUAGGCUCCAAGGAGGAACACUGACAACUCGUGUUCUUACUGAUACCAAAUGCAUAUAUCCUCUUCCUGAAUCCAUUAGCUUCAAUGAUGCAGCUGGCUUUGGCGUCGCUGGUCUCACUGCUUGGGAGGGCUUGGUGGAGCAUAUGAAAAUUAAGCCUGGCCAAAAGGUAGUCGUUCUCGGAGGUAGUGGUGGUGUCGGAACGUUUGCUAUUCAGAUUGCAAAGGCUCUCGGCGCGGAGGUAACCAGCAUCAGCUCAACAACAAAUCUGCAGUUGUGCAAAUCUUUAGGAGCAGCUCAUACCAUUGAUUACAAAUCCGAAAACGUUGUUGCUAGGUUGGCCGAGAUCGGUCCUUACGAUUAUGUUUUUGACUUGAUUAAUGACAAUGGUCUGUACAACACAUCCUCUAAAUUUUUGAAGCCGGAGGGUACUUUCUUCGGUGUUGCUUCUGACUUUAGUUUCAGUUUUAUAGCUAGCGCUUUAUCUCGCAAAUUUAGACCUAAAAUUCUGGGUGGCAGCUCCCAUUCUUACUAUGAUUUGCGCCUUAAGUCAGAACCAAAAACUAUUAAGGAGUUUACAGAAUUUGUUGUCGAAAAUGGAAUUAAAACUGUUACUGAUAGCGUUUACAGUUUCGAUCAUGCCCUUGAUGCCUUCGAACGUUUGACUUCUCAUCGCGCUAAGGGAAAGAUUAUCAUAAAGAUGGAUUAA